GAAAUAAGCGUUGAACCUUGUUUGCCCUAAGCAUUUGGCGUUUCCUUUCUUCUCUGGUAUCUCCAGUUCGUGAAGAGACAUGAACCCGCUAACCCUAGUGAAGCGCAUUCAGAAUAUAAAUUCCAAAGAAGCUUCACUAGGCAUCGGCGAAGAUGCUUCCUGGCACGCCAAGUACAAAGAUUCCGCUUACGUCUUCGUCGGCGGCAUCCCCUUCGAUCUCACCGAGGGUGACCUCCUCGCCGUUUUCGCUCAGUACGGGGAGGUUGUCGAUGUCAAUCUCGUGAGGGACAAGGGCACCGGCAAAUCCAAGGGUUUUGCGUUCCUUGCAUACGAGGAUCAACGAAGCACGAAUCUCGCUGUGGAUAAUCUGAAUGGGGCGCAGGUGUUGGGUAGGAUUAUUAGGGUGGAUCAUGUUGAUAAGUAUAAGAAGAAGGAAGAGGAAGAUGAAGAGACGGAGCGGCAGAAGAGGGAGGCGCGUGGGGUUUGUCGUGCUUUCCAAAGGGGCCAAUGUACUCGCGGAGCAAGCUGCAAGUUUUCUCAUGAUGAGCAAAGAGCUGCAAACACAGGUUGGGGUCGUGCUGAAGACAAUCCAAAAUGGGGUCACGACAAAUUUGAGGGUCCCAAGAAAGAGGGAAGAUAUGGUAACAAUGAAUCAACUCAUAUUCCAGAAACUAGAGACAGAGAUUCACGAUUUAGAGCCCGUGACAAUGAUAUUGAAUUACACCACCAACCAAAGAGAAGUGAUAGAAGAGAGAAGACAAUGCGAUUGCACGAUGAUUAUGAUAAAUUUGAGGGAAGAGAAAAUAACAGAAGAGAAGAAAAGAGAUCAAGAAGGCAUGAAGAUGAUGAAUUUGAACGUAAGUUGAGUGAAGAUCGAUAUAGGAGAGAAGAAAAAAGAUUAAGGGAUGACUACGCAGGUACGGAGCUUGACCCAAAAGAGCAUCGCGGAAGGGAAGACAAGAGGUCAAUAAAGCCAGAUGGUGUUGAGUUUGAACCCAAGUCGCGAGAUUCUGAUCCAAGGGAAGAUAAAAGAUCCCGUAAGAAGGAUGAUGAUGAUUUUGUAAGGAAGUCAAGAGAACCCCAUAGUAAUAGGGAAGACAGGAGAUCACGAAAGCACACUGAAGAUGAAUCUGCACCAAGGUCAAGAGAAGAUUAUGAUAGGAAGCAAGAUAACAGAUCACAUAGAAAUGAUAGAGAUCGAACUGAGUCAAAAGCAAGAUAUGACUUUGACACGAGAGAAGAGAAAAGGUCUAGAAGGUAAGGGCAGUAUCAAGGUCUGGAUAUGAGUAGGUCAUUCCUUUGUUGUGAAGCUAAGUGGUAUUAAUGUAUUUCACAAUUUGAUAACCUGAAAUGUAAUUCAAUUCUUAAUAUCUUUUGGUGUGGUUAGUUUGAUAAAUAUUUUUUUUGGUUCAAUGCUAAUGCACCAUGAAUACAAUAUAUUUGGUCUGUCUACCAAA